AAUGGCAAAUGGAGCUCAGCUGCUUCUUUCUCCCCUUCUCCUCCUCUUCCUCUCUGUCUUUUCCAUCCCAACGCUUCCACGGUCAUGGUUUUGGACGACAUUGCUCUUCUUUAUUUAACCUCUGUUGCCCAUAUGCUCUUUCCCUUCUAUCUCCAUUUGCAAUCACGGUCCCCGGUCCCUCCGGAUUGGGGCUGAUUGAGAUUUGGAGUUGAGAUCGACGUUUGGAACUGCUGGGGGUGGAGGGAAUAAAAGCUGCAUUCUUCUUGAUUGUUAGGUUAUUUUUGUUCUACAAAGGUUUGAGAGCACAGGGGAAGCAGGAUGGAUAACAAGUCAUUUGCUCUGGAAGCAAUUAACAAGGAAGCUGUCGAUCUGGAAAACAUUCCUAUUGAAGAGGUAUUUGAUGCUCUUAAAUGUACAAGAGAAGGGCUGACCUCUGAUGCUGUGCAAGAACGAUUGGGUGUCUUUGGUUUUAACAAGCUCGAAGAGAAAAAGGAAAGUAAAUUACUUAAAUUUUUGGGGUUUAUGUGGAAUCCAUUGUCUUGGGUUAUGGAAGCUGCAGCAAUCAUGGCAAUCGCUCUUGCACAUGGUGGCAAAGAUUUGAGAGGGAAGGAAAGAACAAUUGAUUUCCAUGAUUUUAUUGGAAUUGUAACAUUGCUUCUAAUCAAUUCCAGCAUAAGUUUUAUUGAGGAGAACAAUGCAGGCAAUGCCGCUGCUGCUCUUGUGGCUCGGUUGGCACCCAAGGCCAAGGUUCUACGUAAUGGUAAAUGGAGUGAGGAGGAUGCUUCAGUACUAGUGCCUGGUGACAUAAUCAGUAUCAAACUUGGUGACAUUAUUCCUGCUGAUGCUCGCCUACUCGAGGGGGAUCCUUUAAAAAUUGAUCAGGCUGCACUUACUGGAGAAUCACUCCCUGUUACAAAAAGCCCUGGUGAUGGAGUUUACUCAGGUUCUACAUGCAAGCAAGGUGAAAUAGAAGCAGUUGUCAUUGCUACUGGUAUUCACACUUUCUUUGGGAAGGCGGCUCAUCUUGUAGAAUCAACCACACAUAUUGGUCAUUUUCAGAAAGUUUUGACUGCAAUAGGGAAUUUCUGCAUUUGUUCAAUUGCUAUUGGAAUGAUCAUUGAUGUGAUCGUGAUGUGUGGUGUUCAUGAUCGGAAAUACCGUACUGUUAUUGAUAAUUUGCUUGUGUUGCUAAUUGGUGGUAUUCCAAUUGCCAUGCCUACUGUUCUCUCUGUCACUAUGGCAAUUGGUUCACAUCGCUUGUCCCAGCAGGGUGCCAUAACAAAGAGAAUGACUGCUAUUGAGGAGAUGGCUGGGAUGGAUGUUCUUUGUAGUGACAAAACAGGAACCUUAACACUUAACAAGCUCACAGUCGACGAGAACUUGAUUGAGGUUUUUGCCAAAGGUGUUAAAAAAGAUACAGUUGUUUUAAUGGCUGCAAGGGCUUCAAGGCUGGAAAAUCAAGAUGCUAUUGAUGCUGCAAUUGUUUCUAUGUUGUCAGAUCCUAAGGAGGCUCGAGCUGGUAUCAAAGAGGUUCAUUUCCUUCCGUUCAACCCGACUGACAAGAGAACAGCUCUUACGUACAUAGAUGCUUCUGGGAAAAUGCACAGGGUGAGCAAAGGUGCACCUGAGCAGAUUCUCAAUCUUGCAUCCAAUAAGGCUGAUAUUGAGCGCAAGGUGCAUGGGAUUAUUGGCAAGUUUGCUGAUAGAGGGCUGCGUUCUCUUGCAGUUGCCAUUCAGGAUGUGCCUGCAGGUACUAAAGAAAGUCCAGGAGGGCCUUGGGAAUUUGUUGGCCUCCUUCCUCUGUUUGAUCCUCCUCGCCAUGAUAGUGCUGAAACAAUUCGCAGAGCUCUUGACCUUGGAGUGAGCGUCAAGAUGAUCACAGGUGAUCAAUUGGCAAUUGCUAAGGAAACUGGAAGGAGAUUGGGUAUGGGCACAAAUAUGUACCCCUCUUCAUCUCUGCUAGGUAGUAACAAGGAUGGGGAAUUUGCUGUGCUACCAGUCGACGAACUCAUUGAAAAAGCAGAUGGUUUUGCUGGGGUUUUUCCAGAGCACAAGUAUGAAAUUGUACAGAGAUUGCAAGCAAGAAAGCAUAUUUGUGGAAUGACUGGGGAUGGUGUUAAUGAUGCACCAGCACUAAAGAAGGCAGAUAUUGGAAUUGCAGUGGCAGAUGCAACUGAUGCCGCUCGCAGCGCCUCUGACAUUGUUCUCACCGAGCCUGGAUUGAGUGUGAUCAUCAGUGCUGUUUUAACAAGCCGUGCCAUUUUCCAGAGGAUGAAAAACUAUACAAUAUACGCUGUAUCAAUAACCAUACGUAUUGUGCUUGGGUUUUUACUAUUGAAUGUCUUCUGGAAGUUUGAUUUUCCUCCCUUCAUGGUUCUUGUGAUCGCCAUUCUUAAUGAUGGUACUAUCAUGACUAUAUCCAAGGACAGGGUCAAGCCAUCUCCACUUCCUGAUAGUUGGAAACUCUCAGAAAUUUUUACCACUGGAGUAGUGAUUGGUACAUAUCUGGCUGUAACCACUGUUAUCUUCUUCUGGGCAGCUCAUCAGACAGACUUCUUUGUGAAUGCUUUUGGUGUUAGAAACUUUAACAAAAACAAGAUUGAUGAAUCAGAUAUAGAGAAGGUCUUUGCUACUGCAGAAAUGUUGGCAUCUGCUGUAUAUCUUCAAGUGAGCACAAUUAGUCAAGCUUUGAUAUUUGUGACCCGAUCCAGAGGCUUCUCUUUCAUGGAAAGACCAGGUCUGCUUCUUGUUUCAGCGUUCAUCAUUGCUCAACUGGUUGCUAGUGUGCUAGCUGCACAAGCAAACUGGGACUUCGCUGGAAUCAAAGGCAUAGGCUGGGGUUGGACAGGAGUUAUUUGGCUCUACAACAUCAUUAUUUACUUGCUGCUUGAUCCGAUUAAAAUUGGCGUUCGAUAUGCACUUAGUGGGCAAGCCUGGAACCUUGUCUUGGAUAGGAAGACUGCAUUCACAAGCCAGAAAGAUUUUGGAAAAGAGGCAAGGGAGGCUGCCUGGGCUCGUGAGCAGCGCACACUGCAUGGUCUAGAGCCUGCAGAUUCCCAGGUCUUCAAUGAUCGUCAUACAUUCAAUGACAUCAAUCAAAUGGCCGAAGAAGCUAAACGACGUGCAGAACUUGCAAGGUUAAGGGAGCUGCAUACGCUCAAAGGCAAGGUAGAGUCCUUUGCAAAACUUAGAGGCCUGGAUAUCGACCUGGCGAAUAACCAUUACACUGUGUGACACUGCUUCUUAUUGAAUUGUUGUUUUGUUUUCAAUUCAUUCUGUUUUUUGUAAAUGAAACAUUUCAUGGAAUUUAAGUAUCAAAUAUAUACAUAUACUUGCCUCUCCUUUAUCUGUGUAGGAGGUUGUGUUUGUUGUGCAGUGAUUUUAUCUCUAUAUUUAAAUCAUUUAGAAAAUGAAUUUUUCAAUGACCCACAUCUGCACAUCUC